AUGCGUGACACAGCUUCUAUAAGUGUAUUACACGACAUAGGGAAAAGUCUGGAUAACAAUAGACAGGUGGAUGUUUUAUACCUCGAUUUCUCGAAAGCGUUUGACUCGGUAGAUCACGAUAUUCUGCUACAAAAGCUACAAAUACAUGGUAUAAAUGGUUCUCUUCUACGUUGGUUCGAAAGCUAUUUGAACGACAGACAGCAGAGAGUUGUUAUCGAGGGCGCAGCAUCUUCAUGGUCUGCUGUUACAUCUGGUGUACCGCAAGGUAGCAUUCUGGGACCAUUACUUUUCGUAAUAUUUAUAAAUGAUCUUCCCGACAAUGUAUCAUCGAGUACAAACUCCGCAUUGUAUGCAGAUGACGCAAAAUUAUACAGUGAAACUAGAUCAGUGGACAACUGCCAGUCAUUACAAGAAAACUUGACCAUGCUGGAAAAAUGGAGUACGAAAUCUAGGAUGAAAUUCAACACAGGAAAGUGCAAGGUGUUGACAGUUACAAGAAAGCGGAAGCCGAUUGAAUUCCCAUACCGUAUGUAUGGAAAUGAGUUAUCAUCAUGCAAAGCCGAAAAGUUCUUGGCUUCUUGUAUCUAG